AUGACAAGUAACAAGACUCCUUCAUACACAACACAACAUUCUAGUACAUCAACGCAUUCAAAUGAGAAUAAAAUAUGUUCAAAAAAAUCAUCCAGAGAUGAAAUACAAUAUGGACCACUUCAUAUACGUGUUUGUCGGAGACCAGCUCCAACAAUAGCAACUGGUCGUCGACCAAAACAUCUUGUUCUAGCUGGUGAAGAAGCUAUUAAACGUGACAGACGACGUGAAAGAAAUCGAGAAGCAGCACGAAAAUUAAAAGAAAGACGACAAUGUAUCGAAGAUGAACUAAUUCAACAACUCAAAGAACUUCAAGGUGAACAUGCAAAGUUACAAGAAUAUCUUCACCAACUUCGACAAAGAAAACAAGAUUUACAACAAGAAAUUAAUAAUUGUCUUAAUGAUCCUAUUGAUAAAUUAUUAUCAAAUAAUAAUCAACAUGUUACUUUAUUUUUUGAACAAUAUUUACAUGAUUCGGAUUUUAUUGAUGAACCAUUAGAAAAUUUUUUAACUUCUGACUUAGACAUUAAUUUUAAUUCAAUUAUAGAUAAUUAA